AUGGAGAAAUGCCUUGCUUUGAUGAUCUUUCUCGCUUACUCUCUUCUUCUUGUCCUUCAAAACCUCGAAUUCGUUCACGCCCUCGGGUGUGCCGGAAUCUUCUUCAACAGUAACAGCAGCUACGUUCAGAAUCGCCGCAAUCUCUUCUCUACUCUUGCUUCAAAAGUCGUCGCCAACGGUGGAUUCUACAACACUUCACUCGGCAAAAGUCCCGACAGAGUUCACGCUCUUGUCCUCUGCGCAAGAGGCUACGAGGAACAAGCUUGCAUCAGCUGUGUCGAAAAAGUGACUCAGCAGAUACAAACGGAUUGUCCAAAUCGCAUGGAUUCGUUCAAGUGGGACAAUGACGAUGGAGACCAUGUGUCUUGUCUUGUACGUUCCUCAAACCACUCAACUUUCGGUAGCCUCGAGCUUGAACCUGCUAUCAUCUACCCAAGUCCACUUAGUAUCGAGCCAUCCAAGGACAUGACCGUUUUCAGAAAACAGUGGGAAGCAACGAAAGGAGGAGGGAUUAGGUAUGGUGGAAUUAUCGCGAUAAUUGUGCCUACUUUCAUUAAUCUUUUGGUGUUUAUUGGUCUCGUCACAUUCCAUGCUCGGAGGAGAAAAUCAAAUAACGGAAUCAAUGAUGAAGAGAAACGUUCGCUUCUUACAUGGGAAGUGAGGUUCAAGAUCAUAGAAGGCGUUGCUCGAGGUCUUGUUUAUCUCCAUGAAGAUUCCCAGCUGAAGAUUAUUCACCGAGACUUGAAGGCAAGCAACAUACUCCUAGAUGCAGAGAUGAACCCUAAAGUUGCAGACUUUGGGACAGCGAGGUUGUUCGACACUGAUGAGACUCGAGCUGAAACCAAACGAAUAGCUGGAACCCGGCAUGGAAGAGAUGGGUUGAACGAAGGCCUGAGAUUAUAAUUGAUCGUUUCUUGGCAGAGAAUCCGAGCAACGAGAUCAUAAAGUUGAUCCAGAUUGGUUUGUUGUGUGUUCAAGAGAAUGCAACAAAGAGACCAACCAUGAGCUCUGUAACAGUUUGGCUCAGCAGUGAGACUAUCACCAUUCCUUUACCUAAGGCUCCUGCUUUGACAUGGAGUCAAUCCCUGAUGAGGACCUCACCACGGACGAACCUCGGGUACCCAUCAUGUACGAACCACCAAGGACCCGCUCAGGUACAAGGACCAUGAGGGAGGAGUUCAACAAAGCUGUAGAGAGCCUUCUCAACCUCAAGAGGACGGAGGACAUCAGUCACCUGCUCAAACAGCUCAUUAUCAACAAAACGGACGAAGACAUGACCGUUCGGGACGAGAGCAUUACGGACCCCCGUACCAUGGUCGAGAGCAGUACAUACCACCCCCGUACCGCGGUCGAGAGCAUUACAGGAAGUCUUACCGAAGGACCAAACAAGCAAGUGGGCCAAGACUUGGGAUCAUUCCACGACGUUCAAAGCCCAG